AUGGCCACAGCAUCUGAUACCAAUCCACAAGACACGGCCAUCAGAAUCAGUUUUAUACAAUCCUCAGAAUCAAGUACGAAAGUUUGGGAAACAGGCAGAACACCUGGGCUGCCUCUUUCCAGCUCUGCCGAUGCCCUUUCAGGUUGCAGAACUGCAGAUAGAUGGCAGGAAUUGGGCCAGACGCCCCUCCUUACACACACACACACACACACACACGAAUUGGGGCUGCUAGCUUCUGAGUCGCUCUCUCUGCUCGUCUCUUCUAGGUUCAGGCGCUUAAGGCGCCUGAUCAGCUGCAACAAGGUGGCCCCCUUGGAAGUCCUGGAGCAGCCUGCAGUGUCAGAUGUGCUGGGAAUCCACAUCCCUUCCGUUGUGCUGCUAGACAAAGAUCAGCUUUAUCUCCUGGGCAUCAUCCAGGACUGCCAGGCAGCUCAGCUCAGGGGGCUCCGAACCCUGAAGUACUCCAAGGAGGAGACGGCCAAAGCCAUUCUGAACAUCCUUGGCCACUUGGAGUAUUUCAGGGAUCGCCCCCUGAGCCUGGCCCUGGCCUUCGAGGCCCUCCUGCAGUUGAGUUUUAUGAGACCCCACUUCAGUCCCUCUAUGGUGAGUGCAAUCCUCCAUAGAACAACAGAGGCAGUUCUGGGGAGCGCAGAGGAGGACAAAGAGGAACUGAAGAGGCCAUUCCAGAGCCUGCUUGGGGGUCUCCUCCUAGAAGCCCCCAAUACUAGCACCCUUCUCCAGUUGCUUACUGACCUCCGAUAUUACGCCCUUUUGGGGAGUGAAGACCAAAGGAAAUUAGGGGCCAGCAGUAUAUCCCUGCUGCUGGCCCUUUCACGAAGAUUCCCGAACCUAAGAAACACAGUAAUUCGUCCGGAGCUGGCUUGUUUCAGGAAUAAUCUGAAAGAAGAUGACAUCAUCAUCGAGGAAUUAUGAUUUUCCUCCUUGAAGGAAUUGCUGCUCUAUUUGGACAUCUCAACUGGCCAAAGACUGGCAGAAGAAGAGGCACUGAGAAUCAGGAGGGGGACAGAUGAUUUAAGCAGCCAUGAAAUAUGGACUGAAAUUGGGCAGAACAAGAAAGAAAGAAAGAAAGAAAGAAAGAAAGAAAGAAAGGAAGGAAGGAAGGAAGGAAGGAAGGAAGGAAGGAAGGUGGUCAUUUAAUCUCUGCUUUAAAACCUGCAAGGAAGGAGAGUCCAUCACCUUCCAGGGGAGUCCAUUCCUCUGUUGAACAAUGUUCAGUCGGAAUCUCCUUUGUUGUAUCCUGAAGCCAUUGGUUUGAGUCCUACCGUCCAGAGCAGGAGAAAAAAAGCUGGCUGCAUCUUCCAUGUGACAGCCCUUGAGUUAUUUGAAAAUGGCUCUCUCUGGUGUCACUGGAUCAAGCUGAUCGAUUUUCUUGUAUUCCUUAAACUAAAUUGUUUUUAAUGGAUUUUGAAUCAACGUGCAAUAAAUUGUUACUGUUUUGAA